AUGGUAUCAACACAAUGGGACAGACUGGUACGCUUCAUUGCCCUUGAAGACAAUCAUGAAUAUAUCGGAGAACCGGUGGACGGUGGCCUCGACAUCGGAGCUGCUCUGGCUUCAUCAAAAACAGUAUCCGUCAGGGUCUAUUCUGCGAGGUCGGCCCUUGAUCUGUCGGCUGAAGCAACGUCCAACACCCGGACUGUCGCACGGCUCCUGCCUCCUUUAUCAAGCAGCGAGGUGGGCACCAUAAGAUGCAUCGGACUGAACUACCGCAACCAUGCUCGGGAGAUGAACCUGGCCUUACCGGAUCACCCAACGCUGUUCUUCAAGCCGUCGACCUGCCUGAAUGCAUCGAAUGCGCCCGUCAUUAUCCCCCAUCAGGCGACAGACGGCCAGGCUGACUACGAAGCCGAGAUGGCUGUCGUGAUCGCGAAACCUGCACGCAAUGUGCCCGUUGAAAAAGCGUUAGACUACGUGUUGGGCUACACGUGCUCCAAUGACGUUACCGCGCGGAAACAUCAGUUCAAUGGGGCGCAGUGGGGAUUCGGCAAGGGAUUCGACGGCUUUGCCCCGUUAGGACCGUGCCUCGUGUCGCCCAGCCGGAUUCCAGACCCAAGUGUGAUUGAGCUAAAGACCUUACUCAACGGGGAAGUCAUGCAGGAGGGUCGGGCGGAUGACAUGAUCUUUAGUGUCGCCGAGAUCAUCGCGUACCUAUCCCAGGGGACGACGUUGGAGGCCGGCACUGUGAUCAUGACGGGUACCCCCCACGGCAUUGGUGUCAGCAAGACGCCGCCUGUGUACCUGAAGCCAGGUGACGAUAUCAGAAUUGUCAUGAGCCAUGGGUUAGGCAGCUUGGUCAACAGCGUUGAGUAUGAGCAGACUCCUGGCCCGACCAAGAACGGGGAUGUGUGA